AAAGAAGUUAGAUUUUGGUUUCAGGAGUUAUUCUGGAAGUGUUUCUCGUCGUACUCGUCCUUCACUGCCUUCCUCUCUUCACCUCAAUCAUGGAUUUGGUUGAGUUGGUUCAUAAGUCAGUGCUGGAUCACUGUCCAUUUGUGGACUCCGAAACACGAGCGACUUGCCAGAAGUGAAAAGCUCUUCAUUCUUCCAUACUUUAUUGGUGCGUUCGUUGACCAAUCUAUUGCAUUCAAUCGAAGAAGAGAUGACAAAGCCAAAAUCAGACCGGAGGACCUGGAAUUCGACCAGGAAGACAACUCACUAACCUAUGAAACGAUUCCUGGAGUGGGUCCAGUGAGCAAACCACCCCCAUCGGUCUGCAGCUUGAGCAGCAGCAAACUGGAGAAUGGUCUGAUAAGGGGCAACACUGCCCGAAAUCGAGAACUGGUUCAGAGAUGCGCUAGCAGUGCAGAUGCAAUCACAAAGAUCUACGCAUGUGCUACGAUGUGGCAUGAGACGACGCAUGAAAUGACAUGUAUGUUGAAGAGUAUCUUCCGUAUGGAUGAGGAUCAAUACUACUAUGAGUUCGAGGCACACAUCUUUUUUGACGAUGCCUUCGACACUGACGAAUCGGGCAAUCCGGUGAUCAACAAGUUCGUCAAGCAAAUUGUCGAAGUUGUUGAUCAAGCUGCAAGCGCUGUUCAUCAGACUCAAAUGAGACUCAGACCUCCCAAGAAGAUCCUUACUCCCUAUGGUGGCCGGCUACAGUACAUUCUACCCGGCAAGAACAAACUGACUGUUCAUCUCAAGGACAAGAAUAAGAUUCGACACAGAAAAAGAUGGAGCCAGGAAGUGAUUUCCGAGAAUACCUUCAUUCUAACGCUUGAUGGUGAUGUCGACUUUACCACCACAAUGCUCGGAGCCGCAUGCGGCCGAAUCCAUCCAAGAGGCUCUGGACUUAUGGUGUGGUAUCAGAAGUUUGAAUAUGCCAUCGGUCAUUGGCUUCAGAAGGCCACCGAACACAUGAUCGGAUGUGUGAUGUGUUCGCCAGGUUGUUUCUCCCUCUUCAGAAGCUACGCUUUGAUGGACGACAAUGUAACGAGAAGAUACGCAUCAAAGUCAGAAGAACCAUUGGACUAUAUUCAGUAUGAUCAGGGAGAAGACAGAUGGCUGUGUACCCUUCUUCUUCAGAGGGGCUACAGGGUAGAGUACUGCGCGGCAUCUGACGCGCUCACGUUUGCUCCAGAAGGCUUCAACGAGUUCUUCAAUCAGCGAAGACGAUGGAUUCCGUCCACUAUUGCAAACAUUAUCGAUUUGUUGAAGGACUACAAGAACGUCGUUCGAGUGAAUGAGAGCAUCUCCAUCUGGUGGGUAUAUCAUCUAUCAAACGGUAAUGUUAAUAUCGUCGAUCCUGGGACCGGGCACGAUCUUUUUGAUGGUGGUCGGAGCGAUUUCAAUCUCUUUCAAUAUCGACACCGGUUGGAGUCUGUUGAUUAUUUCUAUACCUGUCGUCACCUUUUGCAUCGUCUGUUUGACAGCCAAACCCGAAAAACACUACUAUUUGCUCAAAUCAUUGGAGCUCUAUUCGCAAUGCUGAUGACAGCAGUGUUCGUCGGAACCUCGCUCCAGAUUCAGAAAGACGGAAUCCUAUCCCCGCAUUCAAUUUUCCUGUUCUCUGUGUUUGGAAGUUUUCUGACGGCUGCGAUCCUGCAUCCAUUGGAAUUUACGUGCAUCAUCCCAGGAUUACUGUAUUUCCUAGCUAUUCCUUGUAUGUACAUGCUGCUGCCGAUCUAUUCCAUUUGUAAUCUGAAUACGGUAACAUGGGGAACACGAGAAGACCCUAGGCCGGAGGAGAAGAACGAUCUGGCAAAGCCACAGAAAGGACAUCAUCUGGAUCUGAUGAAUAACGGCACCGAUGGCCAGGUUGAUGGCGAUUGGUCAAUUGGCUGUGGAAGUGCUUGUCGUCUACUAUGCUGUCUUAAGCCCGAUCAGCUAGAGUCAUCGCCACAGAUCUGGCGACUUAAUGAGAAAUUGAACGAAAUCAAUAAGAAGCUGGAACGAAUCGAGAGGAGACAGCAGCCUGGCAUGGCACGAAGAGCAUCGAUCGUCUCGGGCGGAGGUGCAGUCGCCGAGAAAUCAGAGGGAAUAGAAGAAGGCGAACAGGUUGAAGAAGAUCAUGAUCCAGAACUUCUAAACCAGAUACCUCGUGCGAAACUCGUAAGGCAUCGAAGUUGGCUUCACGACAAGGCGCUGAGAAGAGCCGAAUCAGAAGUUCUUGAUCAAGAGGAGGAACACUUCUGGAUGGAUGUCAUUGAGAAGUACUUGUCGCCCUUGACAGUUGACCCAAAAGAACAGGAAAGAGUCCGAGCGGCACUGGUUGAGCUCAGAAAUAAGGUGGUGUCGUCAUUCUUCAUGGUAAAUGUCGUCUUCAUCAUUGUCAUUCUGGUGCUACAAUUACAAAAAGAUUGCCUCCAUAUCGAAUGGCCUAUUGGACCCAAAUACAAUCACACUAUUCGACCUUGUCAUGGUGACACUAAGGAGGAGAUCUGGGUGGUGACACGACUGCAAUUGGAACCGCUUGGCUUCGUCUUUCUCAUUUUCUUCAUGAGCAUCCUCAUUAUCCAGUUCAUCGCAAUGUUGUGCCAUCGUUUUGGCACAUUGGCUCACAUUAUCGCCUCAACGGAAUUGUUCUGCUUCCGAAAAACAGUGGGAAAGCUGAGUGAAGACGAGCUGGUCGUGCAGAAUGCGGUCGAAAUCGCUCGAGAGUUACAGGCGAUUCGUGGAGUGGACGAGUCACGAGAGCUCGGCCAGAUGGGAGAACAGAUCGGACGCCGCCGAGUGGUGCAGAACUUGGAAUCAUCACGGAUCUCACUGAUGAAGCGCAAAACAGAGACACUGGAUGCUGCGUUCAAGAAAAGGUUCUUUGCCCUCUCCAGCGAGGCAGCACAAGAUGGCGCCGAAUUUUCAACGCGAGGCAGUCGACGACGUGUUACCCUCACAAAGGGAACCAUCCGGGCGCUGGAGAAUCGACGUGAUUCACUGUUUGGUACAUAUGAGAAAAAGGACCAGCCCCCAGCUGAACUCGAUCGGAACUCUCCGGGUGCUGGUAAUCGCGGUCCUGCUCAACGGCGACUUGAGCGGCUUUUCAACAAUCCGUCGGAUGUUCCACCCAGUGGAGGCCGAGGACACGAAGGGUGCUACCAGCCUGGAACAGGACUGAUUUUGAUGCCCGACGAUUCUGAUCUAGAUUGA